AUGACCUUUCCAAAAAGUUUUUCUUUUUUAUUACCUAAAAAUUUAUUAUUUUUUAACAAAAGACUAUUAAUAAUUAAAACAAUAAAGACAACAAAAACUUUAUUGACAAAAACAACUUUAACAAUGGAAGAUACAGAAGAUGUUAGAGAAAUUACUAUUGAACCGGAAGGGCUCUCAGCAUUACUUGGAAUCCCUUUGGGUGCCCGUUCUAUUGUUAUUUUUGCCCACGGUAGUGGAAGUGGAAGAUUAAGUCCAAGGAAUAAUUAUGUUGCUGCUGAAUUGAGGCGGGCAGGAAUGGCUACACUUUUAUUGGAUUUACUUAGACCUGAAGAAGAGGCUAUUCGGCAAAAUGUUUUUGAUAUUCCUCUUUUGGCUUCUCGACUUAAUCGAGCUUCAGAAUGGGUGCAUUCUAAUGUUGAAACAGAAACAUUCACGCAAGGAUAUUUUGGGGCUAGUACUGGUGCAGGUGCAGCUUUAAUGGCAGUUGCAUCUGCCAAUCCAGAAAUCAAAAUAAAAACAGUAGUUUCCCGUGGUGGCCGUCCUGAUUUGGCUAUACCUGUUUUGGAUAAAGUAACUAUACCUACUUUAAUGCUUGUUGGAAGUUUGGAUGAACCAGUUAUUGGAAUGAAUCAAAGGGCAAUUGAAGCACUUGUUAAUUGUAAAGAAAAAGAAUUAAUUAUUGUUGAAGGGGCGACACAUCUUUUUGAGGAAGCUGGGACUUUAGAUCAUGUAGUGCAACAUGCAAAGUACUUAUGUUCAAUUAUUCGAAAUAAAUUGAUGAAUUAUUUGAUUGCGUUAAUUAAGUUGAAAGCAACUUUUCUAGAUAAAAAAAUUAGUUCCCUUAAAUUAUUAAAAUUUAUUCGGAUCUAUAGCGAUUUGGAAUAG